AACAUCUCGUGUGGUUCGUUUCCAUUUGGCAAUCCUAUCUGUACUGUCGUACCAAUGUUUUCCGUCCGUGCUUUCUCAUCCGGCUGGCAUUCCGAAAUGCAAGAUAAAACCGUUUAUCCCAACCUUUAAAUCUAGCAAUAACCAAUCAGAGCACCCGGAAUCCGAUGUCAGUGACGGAGUAUCCAAUCGGCGCAUGCGUCUCGCGAUCGAGUGUAGUAGGGUAAAAGAUGGCGACGGGCUCGGAUUUGCUGGAUGAUGCCUUUUUCAACACUGAGGUGGACGAGAAAGUAGUUAGUGAUCUAGUUGGAUCUUUGGAGUCUGAGCUCACGGGAUCGGGUCGCGGAAACUCUGCAGUCAGGGUCCAGGCUGCCGCAAAUCACAUUGCCAACCCCGCUGUAUGUGGCAAAUCCAAUGUCCAGGACAGCAAAAUGGGACUUUCACAAGAGCUUGCUAAACCAGGGACUAGCGUCCAAGCGGGUGUCAUUAAUAGUACGAGGUCCACCAUGGAUACAGCGGCCGGGACGACGGCGGCGGCGGGUUCAGGCAUGACAGCGGGGCACAGUCAGAGUAAGACGGGGGCAGCCGGUUGUGUGGUAACAGUGGUUCCCGAUCACGGGGAAGGGAUCGGGAAAACCGGGUCGGCUGGUGUACAAACUUUAAAUGGAAGUAGCGUUGUAAUAAACUCUCAUAAUUUGGUGAGCUCGGCAAGCAGCACAGUGCCCGCAGUCACAGUUGUCAACAACGGACCAGGCUCCGUGGUCGAAGGAAACGUAAUCUUACCCUCAACUUCCAUUCAAACCUCUCUAAUGGACAAUGCUGUCACUUCAACUGUAGUAUCGUCUCCGCCGUCUGUUCUAAACAGUGUGCCCACUGUCACGCUCGUGAGGCCGCCUAUGCACACCACCGGAGCAGUCACCUCGCCGAGCGGGAGCAAUACCUUUCUGACAUCAUCUGUCAACGUCGCUCACCCUGCAUGUUCAGGAGCACAAAUCAACAAGUCGGAGUCGCCAAAAACGACAAUACAAAAGACCGCACAGUUGACGGGGACGGCUGUAGCGAAAAGCCCAUCGACUAUUGCAAUCAGUCCUGGUGGGAUAAGGGCGAUUGCUCCUCAGGUAUUGGCCCCAAGACUUCCGCAGCCCCAACAGAAUGCUCCAAACAUCCAAAACAUUCAUCUCCCGCCAGGGAUGGUGUUGGUGCGCAGUGAGAGUGGGCAGCUGUUAAUGAUCCACCAGCAGACCCUGGCCCAGAUGCAGGCUCAGUCCCAGAGCCCCAUGACCCCACGACCAGCCACCCCCACCAGCACGCCCCCUGUCCAGAUCACCUCUGUACAGGCUCCAGGGAUGCCCCUCAUGGCCCGUCAGGUGACCCCCACCACCAUCAUCAAGCAGGGCACCCUGGCCCAGACUACUGUCCUCCAGAGGCCUCCUGUGCUACAGCAGAACACCAUUGUGCUGGGUGGGGCGGCUGCCACCCCAGGUCAGGCCCCAGUGCAGCCUGGCUCGGCGGCAACAGCAGCAGUCAACCAGCGAGCAGGGACCCCCGGAGCUACCGGGACACCAGGCACUCCCACUACCACUAUGGAGACCCUGGAGAAUGUGAAGAAAUGCAAGAACUUCCUUUCCACGCUGAUCAAGCUGGCAUCCAGCGGGAAGCAGUCAUCAGAGACCACGGCCAGCGUCAAGGACCUGGUCAAGAGCCUGUUGGAAGGUAAGAUCGAAGCGGAGGAGUUCACCAGUCGGUUAUACCGGGAGCUCAACUCCUCUCCUCAGCCAUAUCUUGUGCCUUUCCUCAAGAGGAGUCUCCCUGCACUGCGUCAGAUGACCCCAGACUCGACAGCCUUCAUCCAGCAGAGCCAGCUUCCCCAGGCCAGCGUCCAGCCUGCCUCCUCCUCCACAGCCCUGACUACAGUGGAGCUGGGGUGCACGGCCGCCGCACAGAGACUCCCUCUUAACAGAACCACCAGCCCCGGGGCCAAGGGGACCAUGCACCAGUCCCCUGUCAUCAGCCCGGCCCUGACACCUCACAGCAAGCCUGGCCUGAUGGUGCCCCCGCAGCAGGGGGCGUUGGCGAGUACUCAGGUAACUCUGGCCCAGUCGCCCAUGGUUACUUUCCGAGGCCAGUCCCACAGUCGCAUCAUCAUGGGACAUCCGCAGGUGGUCAAACAGCUGCAAACAGUUCCUGUAGUGAAACAAGCUCUAGCACCAGGGGCCAAGGUAACACUGGGGCGCCAGUCUAUGCUCUCUGUUGCACAGACGAACAAGCUGAAGGAGGCAAGCGGAGGAACCUUCAAAGAUGAUGAUGAUAUCAAUGACGUGGCCUCCAUGGCUGGAGUCAACCUGUCAGAGGAGAGCGCCCGUAUCCUGGCAACCAACUCUGAGCUGGUGGGCGCUGUGACUCGCUCCUGUAAGGACGAGGCCUUCCUCCACACCACCUCACUAACCCGGAGAGUACAGGAGAUCGGUAGGAGGUUUGGGGUGAUUGACCUGGGGCCAGAGGUUAUCAACUACGUUUCCCAUGCAACACAGCAGCGGCUGCAGAACCUGCUGGAGAAAGUGACAGAGGUGGCGCAGCAGAAAAACAUCACCUUCAAGGAGGAUGAUAAGUAUGAACAGGUGAGUGACGUGAGAGCCCAGCUGAAGUUCUAUGAGCAGCUGGAUCAGAUGGAGAAACAGAGGAAGGAGGAGCAGGAGAGGGAGAUCCUGAUGAAGGCUGCCAAGUCUCGAUCGCGGCAAGAGGACCCAGAGCAGCUUCGGCUCAAACAGAAGGCCAAAGAGAUGCAGCAGCAGGAGCUGAAUCAGAUCAGGCAGAAGGAGGCCAACAUGACGGCCCUGGCAGCCAUCGGCCCCAGGAAGAAACGGAAAAUGGAGUCCCCCGUCAACGGCGCUGGGGCUGAGGGUUCUGGCUCUGGUCCCUCGUCGUCGGGUGGGGCCAAUAGCGGAGGCUCCAGACCUCAGCGCCAGCGCAUCACCAGGGUCAACCUCAGGGACCUGCUCUUCUGUCUGGAGAAUGAGAGAGAAACCAGUAGCUCACAUCUACUCUACAAAGGCUUCCUCAAAUAACACACAGGGAGACGAGACACUAAUGAGAGAAACCAGUCACUCUGAUGCACGUGACUCAGUCUCCAAUAACACCUCCCCCCGACAGAUCAGAGGCCAGACGCUCCCAAUAGCAGCUCCCUUAUAGAGCCAAAUGGCCCAGCUCCACGUGACGGCACCUCCUCCUCUUCUGUGCUCUCCUACAAUCAUGACCUGGAGGGAAGGCAGACCAGCGGCGCCUGGAAUAUGACUCAUCAGCUGUGCCCUACACGCCGUCCUCAAAGGUGAGGUGGUGGGUCUGACCUCUCAGACUAGGUCUUCUGGACCCUCCUUUACCCCUGUGCCUCUCACAGUCCUGUAGGGACCAGCUACUGGCAACCUGGUCCCCUCCCAUACACUGCCCUCUGGUGCCCUGGAGGGGGAAAUGCUCUUUUUUGUGAGGUCUCCUUUGGGUCUGGAUACAUCCUCAUUCACAGUAGGUGCAUAGCUUUGCCAACCUUUAACCUCAUGCAAGAGGCUUCUAUGAUUAGACUUUUUUUUUUAUAAAGAAAUCCAGCGAGGACCCUUUUAACACGGUUAACGAACAAAUGUACUAAACUGCAUUCGUAACGUUAAGUCCCUGACCAAACAGGAACUCUGGGCCUUUUGUUGGGCGAUAGAGGUGGGGUUAGAGACUAUUUUAUAGUCAUUCAUUCUAGUGCUGUUUCCUGUGGAAUUUUUUUGAUUUUUUUUUUUUACUUGACUGAUAAGUCUUCUGCUGAGUUGCCUUUUUGCCAAAAUAAAGCCAUAUGAAUGAUACAUGUCUAACUCUCUAGAACUCUGAUAACAUUACAGGACCCCUACUUGUUAUUCAGUCAGUUUUUAGGCAUUGUUUGAUUUCUGUUUUAGUACAACUUCCCGUGUGCUUUUGUGUUUGCCUUUUUUUGGUUUUGAAUCCGUUAUUAUGAUUAUGUCAACAUGUCUGUUGUAAAGGUUAUGGAAAUGGACGCGAGCCUGUGUGCGCGCUCAUUUCUGGUGCACAUGUAACGUCCUGUCAAUCACAGUUCAUACAAAUCAUAUGUUUCUACCGGUAGACUGUGUGUGUGGUGUGGGGGGGGUAAACAUGAACAGGUUUAUGAAUAUUUUUUUUUUCAAAAGGGUCAUGUAAAUAAUAAUUAACAAUUAAUUGUUGAUGCAACAAUGCAAAGUGAGACUGAGACGUUGAUGCAACGUUGGCAAUAAAUAGCCUAUUUAUGUUUGGAGGUUGGCCAUUGCUGGCUGCCAUGGUGAUGUGUGAUGGAAUGCAGAAUAUGGACUGCACCUCCCCCAGAGGUAUACACCCACUUUCUAUAUCAUUUAAAUAUUUUGUUAGUGCACAUACUAAUUGGUUGUUUUGGAUGGUAGUGUAUGAAAAAUGUAUAUUGAUUCAACUUUUCUAGCUGUACAUACUUCAGUUGGCCUUUUUGUAAGGUCUGUCAAUAGAAGAUUAAUUUUCUUUUCUCAACAAUUUUUCUCAGCUAGUCAAUCACUAUUGAUAUGUUUUUAUACCAUCGCCCCUGGCAACUGUUACAUACAUUUCCCUCUGUCCAUUUUCUAUCGGCCAACACAGUUUUCAAUGAAAAACGGAAGUAUAUUAUGUAAAUAUAAGUUUUGCACAGCCAUUUGUUAAUAUGUAAAUACUCUAAAUGAAAGGUUUUUAAUGGUGAUUGUUUUAUAGAGGAUUGAGAGAAUAAUCUCCUUCAUUAAAAAAAUGAAAAAUAA